AUGCGGUGGCUCGGGUUGAUAUGCAUAUUUUUCAGCGGAAUGGCUUUUGGACAGCCAUUCGCCAACCUCGAACAAACCCUCGUCCAUAUUGACAUGAAAGGCUCCGCACCCCGGCCAGGCUACCUGAAGCAACUAUUGACGAUUUUCGAGCAGCUAGGAGCUACGGGGAUCGUUUUGGAGUGGGAGGACAUGUUUCCGUAUACGGGUUCCCUCUCCAACUACAUCAAUGGAUACGCUUAUUCUCUCGCCGAGGUCGAUGAUGUCUUAUCACAUGCUCAACAGCUCGGCCUCCAAGUUGUCCCCCUCGUUCAGACCCUAGGCCACGCUGAAUGGAUACUAAAAGCCGAGGAGAAUGUCCAGAUUCGAGAGGAUCCGCAAUUUCCGAUGGUGUUCUGCAUCGGAGAUUCUCGGGCGAGGCAACUCAUCAAGGACAGCGUGCAGCAGGUCGCGAAGAUACACGCCAAGUACGGGAUGAGGUUCUUCCAUAUCGGGGCUGAUGAGGCUUAUCAGAUGGGCGAAUGCCCGCAGGACGUGGCGCUCCUAAAUACGUCUCGAUACCGUAACGACACGAAACGGCUGGUGUUUGAUCAUAUGAAGACUGUGGCAGAAAUUGUUACUACAGUACACCCCAGUGUAAAGGUGCUCGCCUGGUUCGACGAGUUCAAAACGGCCGACCCGUCGAUGCUCAAGGAGUUCGGCCUGGACGGGCUGAUCGAACCGGUCGUCUGGAAGUACACUGAUAAUUUGGACUACUACCUACCCGCCGGAAUGUGGCGGAAUUUGUCGACGGUAUUCCCGAAUGUAUGGGGGGCGAGUGCGUACAAAGGAGCGAACGGAGCCGAUAAGAUGGAUAAUGCGAUGAAGCCGUAUUUGAAGAAUAAUCAGGAAUGGUUCGUCCAAACAAUGAAGCACAGCGAGCAGUUCUCCACUUUUCGAGGCAUGAUUUUGACUGGGUGGUCGAGAUACGAUCACUUCGCUGUUCUCUGCGAGACGAUGCCGACCUCUAUGAUGUCGUUGGCUGUGAAUUUGCAGAUUAUCACAAAUUAUGUCGUAACCGAACGAGCGGCAAUGCACAUCAUGAAAACGUUAAAAUGCCCGCAGGGGACGACGCUAGAUGACGUGACGAAGAAUCAGGAUAAAUGCCACUAUCCCGGCUACCGUGUCCGCGAAGAGAUUCGAGCGUUCGAGCGUCUCGUCGUGUACUAUGAGAACGCAACGUGGAUCCAGAACCGAGAGAGAGGAUGGCUGAGGAUGGCACAACAAGUCACCGGGCAUUCUAAUCCCUAUUAUGUUGACGUCCUCGCAACUACAUACUCCAAAAUUCUGGCCUCACUGGAUACCUUAUUAGCAAAUCUAAAGUACGCUACGAAACCCCUGACACCCGCCAUAUUU